AUGGCGAUGAUAAACACACUAUGUCUGCUGGCAGCUUGUUUCGCUACCACCAUCGCAGGCCCGGUGCCGCUGCUGGCUCGCAAAAACCAGUUCUUUCCCUUCGCGAAUACAUCGUCCAUAAUAUCUUCAAUCACAUCACCAACGUCGAGCUCUGGUUCACCGGUAUCGAGUUCACUCCCUGCAUCAACCGUCAAUGCCGAGUCUGCAGCACUUAUUGUCACUCCAAUCGAGACGGUAGUGCACACCGGCAUUGUGCCGGCCGUCACAUUAUUCGAUCCUAAGGGAAACCCGUUAGCAACCGAGCCAGAACGGACAGUACUUUCUACGGCCUUCAUCGUGAAAACCCCAACUGCUCCACCUCCAGAGCCCGCUCCCACCUCAUCGAAUGCUCUUGGAGUUACUUCGAGUCUUGACAACUCAGCGACAACGCUCACUGCAUCCAGCGCGCAGAACAGGACUUCUGCUGCUUUAACAGCCACUACAUCUUCUUCCUCUUCUCAGCUUGGACCUCCUGCUCAGGAACCCAUACCUACCACAACCACGCAGCAGACAACGACAGCUCAAUCAAAAGCACCAGCAACCACGGCAACCUCGACCCUAAUGCCCCUGCCUUCACAGACACCUUCAUCAUCAAACCUGAAUAAUAUCGUCACAAAUACGCUCUACACAACCGUGCAACCUCCUGCCGAAAUUUCCACCCCUCCACCCGAACAACCAGAUCAUCAGCACUCUACAACGCCAAUCGACACCCCUCCCGCUAUCCCCAACCCCACAUCUUCGGUGAAUGCCGCUCCCAGCCCUCCUCCGGCGAACAUACCCCCCGUCAUAACGGUGACAAUGUACACGACCGUUCCACCCGCGGCACCCACCUCCAUCCCCAACGCUUCCGCGCCCCCAGAAAAUCAAAAUCCUCCCGUCUCUCCAGCUCCGCCUGCUUCUUCUUCAACGACGACAACGACAGCAAGGACCACCGUGUCCAGCUCAACGCAAACCUCAGCAUCCUCCACAAACACACCUCCCGCUGCUGGCGUGCCUGCCCCUGAACCUACAACUACCGCACCCCCUGAGGUUUCGCCCCCUCCGCCCGCCCCAGCGCCCACGUCCGACGGUCCGCUCAUUGUGUCGCCGAUUCCGCCGGAGCAGGUGGUUACUAUUACGGAGACGGUGACGCAGAAGGAGACGGUUACGGUUACGGCAACGGCGACGGCGACGGUGACGGUCGGGGGGUAG